AUGGAGGUCCAUGUGCACGAUGUCAUAUCGCUCGUGGCACUGCUGAUUGCUUUACUACUUGCGUUUUUCGUUCUGAGCGCAUUGGUUCUUAGCGUGAGCAUGCCUAUUCUCGUGACUAUAACGUGCUAUCGCGCGAACUAUACGCCUCGGGCCGUAUCACUUUCGGAGGAUACGCCGGUGAAGAGCCCAUCGUAUCUGGCGAGCUUUUUUCGCCAGGACCACACGCGCAAGUUGGGGCCCGAAGAUAUGCGUGGAUUUGUCGCAACAUGGAAGCGUAUCUGUGCCAUAGAAGGCUGGCGCGGUCUGUUUCGCAGCACGCAUCUUCUUGUUUGUGCCUAUGCGGUGACGAUGUUACUAUCCUUUUUCGUUCCGUUUGGCAUCAUACUGGCUCAAGCACUUUCGAAUCCAUCUAAGGACGUGAGUGCGUCUGCGAAUGUAGGAGCUGGCUUGAUGAUUUUCGUGUCGUUACUCCUAUUCCCCGUGGACAUCUUGAUACGCCGAACGAUCGUUUAUCCGAGACACCUGAACUGGGCUCAUCCAUGCGAGUGUUUGAAGCAUAUUCUCACUGUGCAAGAGUACAAACAGCCGUGGCGCCUAUUCUUGUUGCCGGGAGUGACGUCGACGUGCCUCGCGAGGCUGCUUAUCAGUCUCUUGACGUCUUUGGUGGCGUUGUUCCUUGCGCCUCCCGGUCGUUUCGCGAUACUUACGCUCUUUGUCUCCCAAACAUCGGACAAUCGGGCGGUCACCGUGCAUGGGGAUGCGUGGCAGGUGCUGGUGCGUGUGCUGCUGUCAUGCCUGGUAUGGUUUGUGCUGCUGCCCCUCGACAAUAUUUAUGUUCGCGCAGCGACACAGCUUUCAGAUCGCUCGUAUGCCGCGGUGCAUGGAGCAGAGCUCGUUGUACUAGACAAGGAGCCUAUUGUGUCGCUGCGUCCUUGCCAUGGCAACGACGAUCCAGCAUGGACGUAUUUUGGCGCUUCGCAUGUCGAGCCAUACACAAGCUUGGUGGAUGUAUUCCGCAAGAUCCGCGACGAAGAAGGCAAUAGCAGUCUGACUCGUGGAUUACUAUACACAAUCUUGGGACGUCUGUUCCUAAUGUAA